AACAGAUCCUCCCUCCCACAAGUCCCUCUCUUGUCCUUUGAAGUGAGGGUCAAUCACCGCUAUGGUGGUUGUCACCUAGCCACCGGAGACUCCUCGCACUCGUGCAAGCCUGGUAAUGUCUGCCAGGAGUAGGUUCAUCCCUGACGCUCGACUCUCCGAAGACAAGAGACAUGCAUCCUUCAUCCCAAGAUCGCGUGAUCGGCGGUCACUCCUCCAUCCUUUCCGGUCCUUUCGUCGCAAGCGUUUGAUUCUCGUCAUCGUGGCCAUAUCGCUCCUCUACUUGUUUUUCAAGCAUAUGCCCACUGAUGUUCCGACUGCGGCACAACGAUAUGAUGCCAGAUUUGGUGGACUGCAUCCUUUAAGGGCUGGCGCACAGCACUUCCUUCAGCAGGAUGCAGGGGCAAAAGUCACUGGAGAAGGCUACAAUGGGCCCAUUAAAUUCCGCGAAUUGGGAAAAUCAUUACAUUAUAACCCCCUGCUUUACCCGGCUUUGGGAAAUGUGAUGUUUGUUGUAUCAAGAAUGGACAGCAUCGCACGACUCCUCCCUGUCGCCUGCUCUAUGGCCCAGCAAAACCGAACAGUGGUUCAGUUGGCCUUCAUGGGCCGGGACAUGCCAGCCUGGGACAAGGUUCUGAGUCUCAAUGGCAUCGCUCAGGAGGAUUGCAAACUAUACGUUCAUGACGCUCGUCCAGACUUUGCUGUUCAAUCAUCCUCAGCACGUUUAGCGAUUGCUGCCCAGGCCAGUUUGGAUCAUGUUCAUUCUGCAAGCCCACUUAGUGCAAUCCUGAUAGGCAGUGGCGAGUUCGAAGACGAUUGGCUUAUGAAGGCGAUAUCGGACAAGAGCCAUUUGCUUGGAUUAUCGGUAAUCACCAUCCCCUCAGGCGGUGUGUCUGGGAUCUCCUGGCUCUCUUCGCUGGAUGCUUCGUCCUUGGGUCACUUUGGCCAUGUGCAAAUCGACAUCGUCAUUCAUGUGCAGCCCGAGUCGGCAACUUCGGUGAUACGGCUGCUCAGAUCCAUUCAAGCAGCAGAUUACUCGGGUUGGAACAAGCCCCGGAUCAUUGUGGAGCUGCCCCCGUCUCCUGACUCCUUUCUGAUGAACUACUUGUCUCGAUUCAAAUGGCCGUCUGAGGGUCCCAGUGGUGGGAGUAAACUGAUCCUGCGACACCGAGUCAACACAAGCCCACUCAAACCCGCGCAAGCAGCCACCUGGGUAGUUGAGUCCUUCUACCCUAGUAUUUCAGUGGCAUCGCACGCAUUGAUUCUGUCACCUGAAGUCGAGUUAUCUCGUGGAUAUUACCACUACGUGAUGUACACAUUGUUGGAAUAUCGAUACGGCUCUCAGCAUCCCGACUUGGUGGAGACGGCAAUCGGAAUAGCGCUGCAUCUACCUGACCAGACUCCGGACCAGAAAACUCCAGCUCCGUGGAGGGCGGCUGGGGAGACACAUGCCAUGACUCUGUGGCAGGUGCCAGACUCGAAGGCAGCGAUUUAUCUUGGGGAACGGUGGGUCGAGCUACAUUACUUCCUAGGACAGCGUUUGGAGAAAGACGCCGAAAUGUCCAAGCGCAUCAAGGACGCCGAGGUCAUGUCCCCCGAGAGUCCAGCAUGGGUGCAGACAAUGAUGGAGAUGAUGAAGGCCCGGAACUAUUACAUGCUAUAUCCCAGUUUCAUUGCGCAAGACGACACGGCGAUUGCAACUAUCCAUGGAGAUCUGCAGCGGCCCCCAGAAGAAUCCCAAAAUAUCGACGAGGUUGAACAGGAAGUGAACUCCAGCGUGGCUGGACAGGACUCUGGCACAGGGACGGUGUUGACAGCAGACAACGAAGUGCAACGCCUGCUGCGACAGGAACGUCCUGGGAGCACAGAGUCAUUCGUCACGAGUUUAUUAGAGGCAGUCUCAUCUGGUUCGGGGGAUCAGAGCUUCCCACUUUUUACGUUUGCAGGAGAGAGUGUGGCUAUGUCAGAAGGGCUUGAAAGGUCAUGGAGCUUUGCUGAAGAGUUUUCACGAUCGCUAGGUGGUUGUAAGGGGUUUGAACGUCCCAGUAUGGGAGCGGCGACUCUUGACUCUUUGUUCUGUGACUCGGACAUGUGAGAUUUGCAUGGCUGGGUUCAAGGACAGCAGCGACAGUGGAGCGUGUAUCUGUAACAAUAGGCAUUAAUAAUGUGAAAGAAUGUGAGGGGAAAUGGCAGGGGUCGGGUUAGGUUUGAAGAUGAAAGCGACGAUCAUCUGUAAGGGUUGACGAUCGACGAUCAGCGUGGCUUGAGGGUGUCCGUCGCAGUGCAGAGUGCGCAGUGCACGGAGGUCAGGUAACUCGGUGGAGAGGAGAUCUUUUGUGUGCAAGAUACGGAGGCAAUGGAGGGUCAGGGUAGGAAGGCUCUUCAGAAGAUCAAUCAUUCAUCAGGCCGUUGAAGCCGGGAAGGGCCGAAGCUGAAGUAGGUAUGUCGACGCCUCUGGCCUUUGUUACAACAAUUGUACAAUAUAUUGAUCGAGGAACAA